CCUUAAGCAACCACCCCAACGCCGCAACUCUCACCCAGCCCGUUCCUCACCAACAUUCCAAAACCAUGGGGAGCAAGAGCGCCGGCACCACCUCGUCUUCAUCCUCCUCCGGCGCGCACGUCCUGCUCCUUCCGUACCCAGGAGCGCAGGGACACACCAACCCGCUGCUCCAGUUCGGCCGCCGCCUCGCGUACCUCGGGCUCCGCCCCACGCUCGUCACUUCGCGGUACGUCCUCUCCACCACCCCGGCACCAGGGGAGCCCUUCAGGGUGGCCGCCAUCUCCGACGGCUUCGACGACGGCGGGGCAGCCUCGUGCCCCGACCUCAACGAGUACUGGCGCCAUCUUAAGGCCGUCGGCUCGGAGACACUGGCGGAGCUGCUCCGGUCCGAGGCCUCCGCGGGGCGGCCCGUGCGCGUGCUGGUUUACGACCCGCACCUGCCGUGGGCGCGCCGGGUGGCGAAGGCGGCCGGCGUGGCGGCCGCGGCUUUCCUGUCGCAGCCGUGCUCCGUGGACAUCGUCUACGGCGAGGUGUGGGCGGGGCGGCUGGAGCUGCCGGUGACGGACGGGAGAGAGCUGUUCGCGCGCGGGCUGCUGGGAGUCGAGCUCGGGCCCGACGACGUGCCGCCGUUCGCCGCGAGGCCGGACUGGUGCCCGGUGUUCCUUAAGGCGUCCGUUCGGCAGUUCGAGGGGCUGGAGGAGGCCGACGACGUGCUCGUCAACUCAUUCCACGCCAUCGAACCCAAGGAGGCAGAUUAUAUGGCACAGACAUGGCGUGCAAAGACAAUAGGCCCAACCUUACCAUCAUUUUAUCUUGAUGAUGACCGUUUGCCAUUCAACAAGACUUAUGGUUUCAACCUCUUCAGCAGCAGUGUGUCAUGCCUGGCUUGGCUUGACAAGCAGCUUCCGUGCUCUGUAGUCCUUGUAUCCUAUGGGACUGUCUCCGACUACGACGAAACACAGUUAGAAGAGCUUGGCAAUGGAUUGUGCAAUUCUGGUAAACCAUUCCUUUGGGUUGUUAGAUCAAAUGAAGAACACAAGUUGUCCGUUCAACUCCGUGAUAAGUGCAAACAACAUGGCCUUAUUGUUUCUUGGUGCCCCCAGCUAGAAGUCCUAGCACAUAAAGCCACAGGCUGUUUCUUCACACACUGCGGGUGGAACUCGACAUUGGAAGCAAUUGUUAAUGGUGUGCCAAUGGUAGCAAUACCACACUGGGCAGACCAGCCAACCAUAUCAAAAUACAUGGAGAGUGUGUGGGGCUUGGGCGUCCGGGUGCGCAAGGAUGAGAAAGGCUUGCUGACUAGAGACGAGGUGGAAAGGUGCAUCAAGGAGGUUAUGGAUGGGGAUAGUAAGGAUAAGUACAGGAUGAAUGCCACCAUGUGGAUGCAAAAGGCCAAGGAAGCUAUGCAAAAAGAAGGGAGCUCAGACAAGGAUAUUGCUGAAUUUGCCGCAAAGUAUUCAUCAAGCCAUUAAUUGUCAAAGAUAUGUGAUGACACUAGUUCAUAAUUUUGUGGAUAUGUACGUUUAUGUUAAUAAUUUUGUCUGUGGAUUGUAAGUGCUACUUGCCUAAAUUAAUGUGUUUGCCAUAUAUACAUGGAAAGGGCUUCUCUGCUCUUGUGGAUC